AUGUCGUCGUCAGCAUCCUCGACGGACCCGCCGGCGCCCGGCCGUUUCAGCUCGGCUCGGCAAGCGGCCAAGCCGUGGGCGUCGUCAUCUCCCCCCAAAUGCGCGGCCGGCGUCACGACGGCGACGGCGAGCGCGCAAGCCGUGCACGCGCACCCGACGACGACGACAGCGAACACGGAGCCCGGGCAGCUCCAGCCGACGCUGCCGUCGGCGGAGACGCAGCGGCAGGUCGGGGAGGCGCGGGCGGCGGUGGUGGCGUCGAUGAGCAACAUGCUCGACGCGGAGCUGCAGAGCCGCGCGGCGAUGCUGCACGAGGGGGCGGCCGGGCUGGAGCGGCAGGAGCGCGAGGUGGCGCGGGCGACCGAGGCGCUGCGGCGCGAGCGGGAGAAGCUGGCGCGCGAGGCCGACGCGGCGGCCAAGAAGGUCAAGGAGCUGGGCAACGUGCAGAACUGGGCUGAGGUGCUCGAGCGCGGCUUCUUGGUCCUCGAGGAGACGGUUCGGCUGGCGAAUGGUGGUGGUGACAGUGGUAGUGGGAGCUGUAGCUGCAGCGAGUGCGGGAGGGAAGAUGAUGAUGAGGAAGAAGAAGAUGAUGAUGAUGGAGGCGGAGAAGACGUCAUGGAUUUGGACAAGGACGAGGCCGACGGCGCCCAGCAGGGCAAGGCUUACGGCCACGACGUCGAGGGCGGCGUCGACGCGGACGGGACGCGCAGCGCGUCGUCCGGGGCCAGCCGGAGCCUGCUGGAGCCCGACUCGAGCACGGGCUCCGGGCGAGCAAAGGGCUCCGAGACGGCCUCGCUCUCAACCGAGUCGCUCAAGGACGUCGACGGGCGGCAGCUUGGGGAGGCAUGA